AUGGCGUCGGGGAGACCUCCACCGAACGUACUGCUGUUUGGAACUGGAUCUGUUGGCGCGGUAUACCUCUACGAGUUACUUGCAGCGGGAUGCAAAGUGACCGCGGUUUGCCGUUCCAACUACGGCCAAGUGGCCGAGCAUGGCUUUCGCUUGACGAGUGUACGGCACGGCAACCAGCAAUACAGACCGACACAAGUCGUCCAGACCAUCUACGAGUGCCAAGAUGAGGUCUUCGACUACAUUCUCAUCUGCUCGAAAGCAUUUCCCGGCAGUGUGCCCUCACUCGCUGAAUUGCUCCAGCCUGCACUACAGAACAGGCCAGACACAGUGAUUGUCAUGGCCCAAAACGGCAUCAUGCUCGAAGACGAACUUGCCCAGGCAUACCCUGACAAUGUUCUUCUGAGCGGCGUGGUGUACCUACCUGCCACACAAACAGCACCUGGCGUCAUUGAGUACCCAGAGAUGCUGAACUUGCUGGAGCUGGGCACAUAUCCCGCGGACGCUACUGCUCCUGCCCAAGCAAAAGCCCACGACUUCGCUGAACUCAUUCGCCGAGGCGGCGGCGCAUCGGAAGUGCACGACAACAUCCAGACUGCUCGGUGGACGAAGCUGGUCAUGAAUGCAACAUGGAAUCCUAUCUGCGCCUUGUCGCUCUGUACAGACGGCGAGUUCCUGCUUAGCUCCGAACUCGCGUUUGACCUCGUCUGGAAGAACGCGCUAGAGGUCAUUUCUCUGGCGAAGGCACUAGGCGUGCCCGGCGUGACGGAGGAUGCUGCACGAAGCAAGCUCAAAAUAGCCAUCGAUCGGUCCAAGAAUGGGACAGGCCGUGCGAAUAGUAUGUUGCAGGAUGUCAGACAGAAUCGGCCUUUUGAGGUGGAAGCUAUCCUGGGGAACAUGGUAAGGCUAGCGAAGUUGCACGGCGUUGAUGUGCCUAGGCUAGAGACGCUGUAUGCCUUGCUCAAAGGCAGACUGGCUGCGCAGAUGAUCGCGGCAGCAGGGAAGACUCCAUGA